AUGCUUGCAUUGAUGGACGUGAGAACGUAUCUCCCAUUUCUCGGCUGUGACAACGGAGCGGUGCCUAUCGGAGAUGUCUGCAUCAAAGAGAGCUGCUUGGUGACAACGGGAGCUCCAGUUAUGACGACGAUUGGGCCAACGAUUGCACCCGGACAAACAACACUGACUGGUCAAACCAAGUCCUCCGGUUCCACCCGUAAAGCCAGUGAAUCGCCGAUGAGUUUGAUGACCGAUGGACCGUGUGCCGAUACAUCGGCCCAAUGUCGUGUUUGGAUGCAAAACGGUUUCUGCACCUCGGCUUUCUAUCCGGAGAUGGUGAAACGGACGACUUGUGGAGUGUCGUGUAAUCUCUGUUCAACAAUUUCCAUAACUCUUCCAACGACAACGAAAUCUUGUGCGGAUAAGAAUGCGAAUGAAUGCCGAGUCUGGCUUGGAAACGGCUUCUGCUCGUCGAAUUUCUACCCAGAGCAAGUGCGCCGGGACUAUUGCCCGAAAAGUUGCAAUUUUUGU